AGAGAAGAAUCAUCAAUGGCGAAGAAAGCGGUAUUGAUAGGAAUCAAUUACCCAGGAACAAAGGCGGAGCUACAUGGCUGCGUCAACGAUGUGCGGAGGAUGCACAAAUGCCUCGUCGAUCGGUUCGGAUUCUCCGAGAGAAACAUCACUGAGCUGAUCGAUACUGACGACUCUUCCACCAAACCCACCGGGAAGAACAUUCGACGGGCGUUGUUGAAUCUAGUUGAAUCCGCUGAAUCCGGCGAUGUUCUCGUCGUUCAUUACAGUGGACACGGGACGAGGUUGCCGGCGGAGACUGGGGAGGACGAUGAUACUGGUUACGACGAGUGUAUUGUUCCUUGCGAUAUGAAUCUAAUCACCGAUGACGAAUUCAGAGAAUUUGUGGAGAAGGUGCCAAAAGACGCACGCAUAACAUUCAUCUCAGACUCUUGUCACAGUGGUGGCCUCAUAGAUGAAGCUAAGGAGCAAAUAGGAGAGAGCACGAAGAAGAAGCCAAAGAAAGACUCUGGAAGCGCUUCAGGACGACAUGGGAUCAAAGGUUUCGUGCUUGAAGCUGUUGAAGAGGCAUUGGAAUCUCGAGGGAUCCACAUUCCUCACCACCGUAAAGAUGGGAUAGAAGAAACCAAGACUAAAGAGAUUAUUGAGCUAGAAAAUGGGGAAAAGGUCCAUCUCGGAAACAAAUCUCUGCCUCUGCAAACUCUAAUCGAUAUCCUCAAGCAAGACACAGGUAACGAUGAUAUCCAAGUCGGGAAAAUCAGACCAACCCUUUUCAAUGUGUUUGGAGAAGAUGCAACUCCAAAGGUGAAGAAGUUCAUGAAGGUGAUUCUAACGAAGCUGCAACAAGGUAAAAGUGAAUGUGGGAUAUUGGGAAUGAUUGGGAAACUAGCUCAAGAGUUUCUUGAGCAAAAGCUGAACGAUGACGAAGAUUAUGUGAAACCCGCGAUGCAGACGCAUGUCGGGAACAAGCAAGAGGUCUAUGCAGGUGCAAGCAAUGGCUCUCUUGCGGAUAACGGUAUUUUGAUAAGUGGUUGCCAAACUGAUCAAACUUCUGCAGACGCAAGUCCUCCUGGUAAACCUGAAAUGGCUUAUGGAGCUUUCACCAAUGCUGUACAGAUCAUAUUUGGGGAGACAGAGGGUAAGAUUACAUACAAAGAACUUGUUUUGAAGGCAAGAAAGCUCCUUAAGAAACAGGGCUUUACUCAACAGCCAGGGCUGUAUUGCAGCGAUGCUUAUGUGAAUGCUCCAUUUAUUUGUUGA